ACGUCCUCUAGGCGUACUGAAAAUUGAGUGCGCAUGCGCUGCGGGGGUCAGAGCGUGUCCCGGAAGUUGAGCAUUUUCGCUUCCAUUGAAUAAACUGAGCGAAUGAUCAUUGUUUGAUGGAUAUGGCUCAAAUGGGACAUUUUACGAGGCGGAGGGAAGGACCUCUUCCACCUCACCCACCACCCUCCUGGGAUGAGCACCAGGCCUAUGAGGAGCUGUUAUACUGGGAUAAUCUCAUACAGGAGGGUUACCGCCUGCACCCGCACGAUUACGACCGGUAUGAAGAGUUGCGUUAUUGGUAUGACUGCUUGUGUUAUGAAGAAGACCUCAGGCAGUACAAUGAUUACAUUGUUGAGUACAGGAAGUGGGAAGAUGAGAAUGUGCACUCAGGCGAGCCGCUUCCACCGAUGAGGCCACCGCCUCAGCGAACUUUUGUGAACGAGGAUCGCUAUAUAAAGGCCAAGCACACAAUGGUGUACCCAUCAGCUGAGCAGCUGGAUGCAGUGCAGAGCAUGGUGUCUCAUAUGGAGUGUGCCCUGAAGUCCGUCUCUGAUUGGUUAAAUGAAAAAGAGAGUAGUGCUGCUGAUGAUGAAAGCAGUGAUUCACCUCAAAGUAAACUGCGUGGUGUUUUGAGAGUGGGCCUGGUGGCUAAAGGACUCCUGCUGAAGGAUAAUUUGGAGUUAGAGUUGGUGCUGCUCUGCAGGGAUAUGCCCACCAGUUCUCUGCUCAGGCUGAUCUCGGGAAAACUCUCGGAAUUCAUUAAGGAUGUUACUGAGGAGAAAUACGUCAUCACUCCAUCUAUCCAAGAAGCUGCUAUUAUUGUUACUAGCACGAACGAGCCCAUGCUGAAACUGAGCAUCCAUCUGACCUCGCCUAUGGUCAGGGAGCAGGUUGAAAAAGAGGCAUCUGGAGAACCGUGCGCGGAAAGCUCUCCGCAGGACGCUCUGGACAGGCAGAAAUGCCUGGCUUCUCUGGCGUCUCUCCGCCAGGCCAAGUGGUUCCAGGCUAAAGUGUCCAGCGUUGAGUCGUGUGUCAUUGUGAUUCGGAUCUUGCGGGACUUGUGUUCCCGUGUUUCAACGUGGGCCCCGCUCAAAGGCUGGAUUCUUGAGCUGCUGUGUCAGAAGUCCAUUUCAACCAGCGAGAGGCCGCUGGGACCUGGAGAGGCGUUCCGGAGAGUUCUAGAGUGUCUUGCGUCGGGGAUACUAAUGCAGGAUGGUCCAGGCAUAUCUGAUCCCUGUGAGCGAGACAGCACUGAUGCUGGCGCUCAUCUUACACUGCAAGAGCGAGAAGAUAUUACCCAGAGUGCCCAGUUUGCCUUAAGGCUGUCAGCUUUUGGGCAGCUUUACAAAGUUCUUGGAAUGGACCGGCUCAAUUCCAAAGCCUCUAGAAUUCUCGGCGAACACCACAGAGUCGGUGAUUUCCCAGCAAAGAGACCAAGGGAAGUUUAUGAUGCUGGGGACCUUGACAUAAAAUCGAAAUUUCCAAGAAAAGAAAAGAGCGAACCAGCAAAUGCCCUAAUGAAGUUGAACCAGCUCCGGCCUGGGACCCUCUACAGAUUGGCAUCACAGACUGGGCCUGAACAUGAACCUCAAUUUACUAUGGCUGUGGAGGUGGAUGGGAUAACUUAUGAGGCUACAGGCCCUUCCAAACGCAGCGCUAAGCUUCAUGUCGCCCAGAAAGUGCUGCUGGCAUUAGGUGUGCCCUUGCCGUCUGAAACUAAACCUGCUGAUGAAAAGAAGUCUGUUGCCACACCUGCAGCCUCUGGUUCCGAUGAAACCACUCCUUCAGGGUCUGAUGACGGCACUGAGGGUGGACCCAUCCUCACCAAACAUGGCAAGAAUCCUGUCAUGGAGCUCAACGAGAAGAGGCGAAGUCUGAAAUAUGAACUUGUCUCUGUCAAGGGACGCUUCAAUGACAAGACCUUCACCAUUGAGGUGGAGGUUGAUGGGCAGAAAUUCCAGGGCUCUGGAUCAAAUAAGAAAUUGGCCAAAGCCAACGCAGCACUUGCGGCUUUAGACCAGCUCUUUCCAGAAGGUUCUCCUGCAGACCCACUCAAGAAGAAGAGAUUCCCUCCUAUGGGCUAUGGUAUGGCUGGAUUACCUUACAAUGCAGGCAAUCGAGGUAGAGGAAGAGGCCGAGGUAGAGGCAGAGGAUUCAACACUGGCAAUUUUGCAGGCGCCACCGCUACUGCUGGACUGACCCCAGCUGUGUCUGUUACCAACUCCAGCACACCUAUGACUCCCCAGGAGGACCCGUCUGCAACCGCUGCCAUCAGCGCGGCCACCUACCAGGCUGUCCCUCCACCAAUGACUGGCUAUUAUAAUCAGUACUCUCAAUCCUAUUCACAAUUCAAAAAACCCCUCGAUCAGGGCCAGGGCCAGACCCAGAAUCAAAACCAGAGCAAAACAACAAAUCAACAAGCUCCUCUUGUUGGACCAGACUACGGCUAUGGAUAUCAAGGGGCUGGCAUGGGUAUGGGAGGAACACCUGAUUUCAAUUAUGCAGCAUACAGUGGACCACCUGGUACAGCAGCGUUCGGGCCACCUGGAACAACAAAUCAGAGCUAUAGCUUCACCCAGAGCGCUUAUCCCAACCUGGGCGGCUACAGCAGUGGAGCCAGUACCACAGACUACACAUACAGAUAAAUGUUCCCUUUGCUCUCUCAGGUUGAGGAUAAACAGAUGCUUUUCCAAACAACUGAAAAGUCAGUUCUGUAAUUGCAACAUUGACUCUCUAAACCUUUUGAGAUUUUAUACUGUUUGUGUUACUUUUGCCGUUUGAACUGCACCCCGGUAACUGAAUUAGCAUGGUUUUGAUUCACCAUUAGUUUCAGGAAAUAAUACAUCAGGGUGGUGGAAGUUCUGUCUGUGCCUGAAUGGUCGGUGUGACUCAAAUGGGAAUUAAGUGUCACAUUAGUGUUCUGUUUUUCCCCAAGGGUAUAUUUAUAGUUAUUCUCUUAUUUUACCUCUAAAAUUUUAGCAGGUUUUUUUUUUUUUUUUGACUGAAUGUGGACAACAGAAUGACCAGACUUUGUUUACUUCCCUGAAACCACUUAAGCUGUCCCUUGUUUGGAGUUUUAAGAGGUUUGAUUUGCGCUACUCGGUUUAAUCUUGGUAUCGUCUUUUAUGUAGAAUGUAGUUAUUCACUGUUAAAUAGGCAAGUGCAGGAAAUGUUGUUCUCUGAGGUGGAUGUUGUAAGUCAUAUAUUUGACCUGUGCAGAAAUAAACCUUUUUUUCUAUUUUUAA